CUGCUGUCAGAGGGAGGCUCUAACCCAGCAGGCUGCUGAAAGGACCCACUGGCCAGUGAUCAGGGGCUCGGCUCAGCGCGAAGGCAGGACAAUGGCGUAUGAGGAUAUCUAUGAGAACAUGCCGAUGACGGAAGCUGCUCCCCACCCAAAAGGAAACCCUCCCGAGACAUCGGUCCCUUGGCGGCACAGGGCGCGGGGCAUCGUCGUCACUGCUGUCCUUCUCCUCCUGGGUCUGGCCCUGGCCACGUCCCUCAUUGCUGUGACGCUUCUAUAUCUCCGGGCACAGAGCAAGCUGCAAGCGGUUGAAGAAGCGGUGCAGAAGCUCCAAGUCUCUCUGCAGCCUGACAACACCUCUGACGCGUCAGCGAAGGGAUCAGACAGUCUGCAGCUAUUGGAUGAAGCGCAGGCAGAAGUCCGGCUGCUGAAAGCCCAGCUGGGUAACGUCAGUGCAGCAUAUGGAGAAAUCCAGAUCCGGCUGGACAUCAGUGCAGCGCGAGCAGCAGUGCAAGGUCGCUGCAGUGACGUGCUGAAAUUGUUCUCCGGACGCUGGAGGUUUUACAGUGGGAACUUCUAUUACUUUUCACAAGAAAAAAAGUCAUGGGACGAGGCCGAGCAAUUCUGUGUAAAUUGGAAAUUACACCUGACCUCUGUCUCCUCCCAGGCGGAACAGGAGUUUCUCUCCAACGAGACCCAGGGAGAAGAUCACUGGAUUGGACUCACCGACCGGGAGACAGAAGGCAGCUGGCGCUGGGUGGAUGGCACAGAAUACAGAGCAGACGCAAGCAGGGGGUUCUGGGCACAGAAUCAGCCAGACAACUACCAUGAGGGGAUUGGAGGCAGAGAAGACUGUGUUCACAUCCAUCCAAUCAACCGGAAUUUGUGGAAUGAUGCCAGCUGCUCUCUGCUUUCUAGGUGGAUUUGUAAGCAGGCCCAUGGACCAGCUGGGCUGUGACAUGCAGUCCCAGCACCUCAGAAAGCGCCUUAAUUUCCAAGCUAGAAUAUUUCCCAGCCACCCGCUGGUGAGGAGCUCAGUUUGACAGCAGCCUGUCUGGCAAGACAUCACUUACCAAUGGUUGUGGUUGUGAAACCCUCAUUUCUGUGUGUUUUAUUUUUUUGGCCCCCACUUUCCUAUUGUUAAUCUGUCUGGUUCUGUAACUGUUUCUCUCUGCUGUGUAAUUAAUUUUGGUAGGUGUCAGUUAAUUAGGGUAGUGGGAUAUAAUUGGUUAGCGAAUUAUGUUCCAAUAUGUUAGGAUUGGUUAGAUAGAUUUCAGUACAAUGAUUGGUUAAGGUAUAGCUGAGAAUAUUACUAUAUAAGCUGGGGUCAAACAGGAAGUAGGCAGGGAAAUUGGAAUCAAGUUUGCUGGACAUUAACCCCAAUAAACAUCGCACUGUCUGCACUUCGGACUUCUGGUCUUUUGCCGCUUGCUGUCUGCAUGACAAGAACCAGGGAAGUGGGCGGGUGGAGGGAAAGCCCUCUAACACUGCCCAUAAACUAGGUGAAUAGACCGAAGGCCAUUAACAGCAUCCCCAUAAUUUUUUUGAUGUUGCAAUAUCAUGACACACUUCUACAGGUUGCAACCCUAACCGCCGGCGGUAGUUAGAUGGGGGAGAACGGAACUGGGUUUCUACUCUUAGGCUCUGAUUUGCGUCUCAGGUACAUACGUUUUCAAAGAACUGGCCCAGUUCCAAAGCGGUUAUGACUGUGUCUUGACAGCAGAGGGAGUCUCCUGCGUUCCUUGGAAUGUUUCUUGAGGAUGUGCUCAGAGCAGCAGCAAUAAUUGCUUUUCUUUGGGACAUGGGGGGAGGGGGGAGGGCUAGUUUCCAAAAAGGGCCAGGAAUUAAAUUGGAAAUGGGUUGUAUUUUGAGUGACUUUCUGUGCUAGAAAGUAGAUUCUACUGCACCCAGGUAGAAACUGUAGUAAGACGAGGCCCUGGAACAUAAAUUCUUGCAUCAGAGGCCCGGUAUGAGGCCUAAGGCCUGAACUAAAGGAAGGAUCAAGACUUUGCUCACAUAAAGCCGAGUUAAGCUGUGAGCCAGAGGCAGGCCCUGCUCGCAGGAGCCGGCAAGGAAAGGGCUGAUGCUGCAAAAAGACACAUACCUGGACACUAGAGAUACAAACAUAUGCUGGGAUGGCACCAGAACACUCCAAUGCUGGCACAUUCCACACAGAUAACCAGGAACAGGCGAACCCCUCCUAAAGACAGGGCCAAAAGGGUAAUAUGAUGGAUAGAGUGUUUUGUUCAAACCAACAUGUGCAAGGUGAGAGGCGGCACCUUACUAUGUAGAGAGGUUGUACCAUGCUACGUGGAGGGGCUGCACCUCAUACGACAGGAGUGAUGUGUAACAUGUUUGUACCGGUGUAUAAGAAGGCAUCCCUGGGGCGGUGUCUUGGUCCAGCCUAGGGGGCAGUGGAGUGUCCCACCACUGACUAAGACGGUCCAUUGCCAGGGGGCACAUAUUCCUAGUAUGUCCUGUAGAGUCU